AUGUCUCGCGCGUUUAGUUCGGCUACUCGGCUUGUGACUAGCAACGAUGAACUUGUCAACUCACUCGAAGGAAUUGAGUGUACCAUGAUCGAGAGCAUGUACUUGAACAAUGCUGGGAACCUCCGCCGGGCCUGGCUGGCAAACCGGAGAGCUAUGGUUAUGGCACAGAUGAUGGGGCUCCAUGGAAGUGUCAAGUCAUCGAGCAUGUUUCUAGAGGAGAAAACACGAGAUCGUAUCGAUCCGGACUAUAUGUGGUUUCGUAUAGUCUGCUCAGACAGAUAUCUGUCCUUGAUGCUCGGCCUUCCGCAAGGUUCGCCUGAAGAUACGAGUUCAGAUGCUUUAGAAAAUUUCAUGCCUGUGGACCGUAUGGAGCGCUUAGAGUCAAUUGCAAGCGGACUCAUCCUACAGCGAAAUAGGACUGAACGAACCGAUCUCGUCGCAACUCGCAAGAUCGAUAAGCUCCUGCUGGAAGCUGCCGAGUCGAUGCCACCAGACUGGUGGGUGAGCUCCAAUUUUGGUACCAUUGCCGGUAAUGAUGGCAAGGCAUUUGAAGAAACGAUCCGUUUCAUGAUGCAAAUCGCACACCACCAUCUCUUAGUUCAAUUACAUCUACCAUAUAUGUUACUACCAUCGUCUAUCAGUUCGAAUUACGACUAUAGCAAGUUAGCAGCUGCCAACGCCAGUCGAGCCAUUAUCACACAAUACAUCUCUUUCUACGAUUCCAUUUCGGCGCCGGCGUACUGCCGAGGCAUCGAUUUUAUUGCCUUCAUUGCAAGUACGACUCUCUGUCUUGCACAUAUUGAAUCUCGUCGCCAAUUCAAGGAUAGUGUUACGUUUUUCCAGUCUCUUGAGCACCAACGCUCGGGUGACCGAGGUUCGUUAGAACGCCUGCUUGCAAUUAUGGAAAGAAUGGCAGGAGAAAGCAGCGAUGUGGUUGCCAGAAAAAUCUCUAGUAUUCUCCAACCGCUACUUGACAUCGAAGACAACUCCUUUAAAGGAAGCUGUUACCAGAUAUGUGCAUCAGAAGCCGUUGAGCCGGAAUCUCGGUGUAUUGGUCAGACGAAGGAAGCUGUGCACGAGCUUCGCAUUCAAAUCCCGCACUAUGGGAUUAUUGUGAUAGAACACCGUCCUCAAAGUCACACUCUGCCACACACAAGCAUUAUAAAUCCCUCUGUUUUGGAGCCAAUCCCGAGCCAUGAUGUAGUUCCAGGUCAGGCAGCACCAUGGGCAUUUGGAUCACUACCCGGCUUGGAAUUUGACGAACACGAUUGGGCAUUACAAGGAGUUGAUAUGGCGCUGUUUGGUAAUCUGACUGGGCAAGGAUUGAGUUAG